ACAAAGAUAAAGAAAGGUGACAAAUAGAAUUUUAAUUCAUUAAUUUUAGCGUGAAGUGCUCUGCAAUCUUAAAUAAUAUGUUAAAGUUCAGUUUAAUUGUGGCUGUAUGUGAAAAUCUGGGCAUUGGUAUUAAAGGAGACUUGCCCUGGAAACUGAAAUCCGAACUUAAAUACUUUGGCACCACCACAAAACGUGUUAAGGAUGCCAGCAAACGUAAUGUGGCCAUAAUGGGUCGUAAAACCUAUUUUGGUAUACCGGAAUCAAAACGACCACUACCUCAACGUUUAAACAUAGUUUUAAGUACUACUUUAAAACCCUCCGACCUGCCCAGUGAUGUGCUAUUAUAUCCAAAUCUAGAGUCGGCGAUGAAAAUGUUGGAAGAGGAUGAAAAAUUAAAAAAAGAAAUUGAAACUGUUUGGAUUGUGGGUGGCAGUGGUGUUUAUGCUGAAGCCAUGGCUUCACCACGUUGCCAUCGUUUGUAUUUAACCAAAGUUUAUGCAGAAUUUGAAUGUGAUACAUUUUUCCCAAACAUUCCCCAAGACUUCAAAGAAGUCGAUUUGGACGAGGAGACUCCGCGUGGUGUGCAAGAAGAAAAUAAUAUUAAAUAUGAAUACAAGAUAUUGGAAAAACAAUCGGCUUAAAGCAAAAAUAUAUAAAAUGUAAUUAAAA